CGGUGUGCUGUCAGAGUCCACAGUCCUAAGUUGGCCUCAGGCUGCAAUAGAACGUGUAUCUCUCUCUCUGUUUCGGUGGCUUCGAUCUGAUCGAAGAGAACGCGGCUCCAGCCAGUCUCGCGCGAACCUUCGGACUCGAUCGCUCCUUAGGACAACGUGAACCUACCACCUACCUGCUUACCUGCUGCCUACCUACCUUCAUUUUUCUCAUUUUUCUUCUUAUUCUUCCUCCGGGUUUUCCUUUGAAUUAUUUCAAUUGUGUUUUCUUUCAUUUUAUUCUAUUGUGGAAAGGAAUUUCGGGAUAAAGUGAAUUCUUGAGCCGGAGUACGGAUCUAUUCGUUGAAUUUUCAUUCCUGAGACUUCAGGAAGGUGUACGACCUCCCGGAACGAUUUCUGGAAUUGCUGGAUCUUCCGUAACGCGUGAUGAACUGGACCACGAGAUGCUUUUGAUGCAAUGCUGUUGAUGCAACGUCUGAGUAAAUAAGUCAUAGAUCAGACGAAAAAAUGAAGACAGUUGGGAGCUUCAUCUCGUUCCUCCUCAUUAUUCUGCAUAGUUCGAGAUUGACAAAUUGUCUGUGCAAUUUGGAGGACGUAACGGAGAUGCAAUGUGACAGAUUAGAGGACAUCGAAUAUAUCGACGCUCAUCAGUUGGAAAAGUUGAAAGUCAGCGUGAUCGGCAGUACUUUGAAUCCAAAGAUUUUCAAAAACUUGAACAAUUUGAAGCAUUUGGAUUUAUCCGGUGGCAAUUUGAAACGAAUAGAACCUGGUACUUUUCGAACGUUGACCAACUUAAAGAGUCUUGACCUUGCUAACAACCAAUUACAAUACUUGAAUUUGUCAUCUUUGGAAGGGUUGCAAGAGUUACGUAGUUUGAAUCUUCGAAGGAACAAUAUCAGUCAGUUGCCAGUUGUAUUGCUUCUUCUGAAAAAUUUAAAACAUUUAGACAUUCAUGGUAAUCCACUUCAAUGUAAUUGCGCAACGUUACACGUGAGAGACUUGUUGUUGUCGAGAAGUGUUAAGUUGUCGAAGAAGGUUACAUGUGCUGGGCCGAUUGGUUCGAAAGGUACGUCGUUUAUGAAAUUGGAGACGCGGAGGAUUUGUAAAGAGGAGCAAGAUGACAAGGAGAUGCAGGGUGAUCAGCCAUAUCAGGGAUCAGGAGACUUUGGUUCUGGCGAUAUUUCUGCCCUUACGGAUCCGAAUGACGACGAGUCUUUAGAUGUUUCGGAAUAUUUCGAGAAAACACAUAUUGAAGAAAUUGAAACUCCAGCUCCGGAGAUAAAUUCGAUAUUUAACGUGGAACCAUCGACGACAGUGGAGGUUAGUCCAGCGAGUAACAGUGAAACUCCAGUUUCAAUAACGCCAACCGAAGCAUCUCUGGAAAAGUCUAUAAAAGAAUCCGAAGAAUUGUUCUUUGAUUCCGAGGAUCAGAAGCACCAGAUUACUACAGAAAUGUCACAGAAAAAAAAAGUGAAGGAUAGUUUGUUUUAUCCCGUUGAAGGAUCGGGAGAUGAGGGUUCUGGCUUAGAGGGUUCUGGAAUUGGUUCAGUGUCCAACGAAGAUGACGAAAGUGAUGAAAAAAUAAGAGACAAUGGAGCUUAUGUAUCGAGCACUUCAGAAGAAAGUAUUUUUUCUAUGAUCCUUAGUGUAUUUACCGAUACGGAUUCUACCACAGAAAAGAAAGAACCUAGUAUCGAAGAAGAAGGUUUCAUAAAUGCUUCGGUAAUAAAAACGUACGAUAAUCUCGGAGAAAUUCCCGUUACAAAGUCAACAACAAGUGUAACUCUUGCAACCGUUCCAGUAGCCUUAUCCACAAUCGGUCCAAAAAUUGUAGAAAGUAGCGAGGUUGAGGACAUGUCAGAAUCGAGUUCGAUCAUGGGGGAACCACCCGAGGUUGCUAGUAUGAACAAUGAAUUAGCCGAAGUGUCACCUGCCAAACAAUCGAAAAAAGGAAUGGGUUCUUAUGUUGUUCUGGCUGGUUUGUUGGUCAUUCUGGCAGGUUUAGUCGGAUUUGCAGCCUAUAAAGGUGACUUUUGUAAGAAGAAGAGGAAACGGGGUGACGUGGAGAAUGGUACGGAGAUGAAAGAUAUGCAAAAGUCUCUUUUAGAUACAGGGAAUCAAACGCAACCGAAAAUAGCAUCGAAUGGUAGUCCGGAAAACAUGCCACUGGUUGAUGGUACGAUCGAACACGAGGAUACGAAAGAUUCUAUAAGGUCUCAUGAAAGAGACAGAGCUCAAAAUGGUCAUCCAGAUCAUAUAGACCACGCGGAUCCCGUGAAACCUCCCAGAAAAGUACUAAGUACUCAGGAAGAUUGUAAACCCGUGCAAGAGGCUCUACAGGAUUCGAUAUCCUCGAAAGACGAAUCAUUUUCAGAGAGGACAAGUCCGCGUCUUUCCGAACCGAAUGGUCCACCCUUGAGUCCUGGAGCUCAAAGAGUAAAGAUUACUCUUCAAGAGAAUCCAGACAGCGUUCCAAAAACGCCCAUACUCAUAACGCGAACGUCCGUGGGUGAUAAUCUAGUCAAAACACCGUGAAACUUAAGGAAGUAUCUAACUAAUGACGCAACGAAAUGCGAAUAAAAGAAUAUCAAGGGAGGUGACUCAAGGGAGUGUAUAUGGACAACGUGAUUGGUUGGUUUCUAGCCUUUACGUGUCUGGGCCACGUUCAAAACAUUUUUAUUUAUAUUAUAGGACGUUCUAUAUGUAUUAUCUAUUUUCUUUUUACGACACGUGAUUCUUCUAUGCGAGAGUGAGCGCGAACUAAGUGGACUUGUACAUAUCUUUUUUUUUUUUUUCUUAUUUGUUUUAUACUUUAACAAAAUGGAUAAUUAGGCAAAAAGAGAAAAAAGAGAAAAAAGAAAUAAAGAAGAAAAAGAACGCGUGCGUUUAAUCGUAUAGGAAAUUUGUGAAGAUUUUCGUCGUACUAGCACACUAGUCAGUCUCCUUCACAGAUCUUCCAGUCCUUCCUACCGUUGUAUCCUCCGAAAUGAACCUAACUAAAAGUGGGGGAAAUACAAACGAGAUCGUUAUUUUUUAAUCCUACCUUGCGUAUAUUAUCGUCAAGAGGGUACAUUCCAAGCCUGCCAUAAUAAUCCCCCCUUUUGAUUUCUUUUUAUACCGUAUGCUUCUUUCAAUGAAAUUCCUAAUUUUGGCUUUGACCAGCCAAACGAAUAAGAGAAUCAUUUGACGCUCUAGAGAUUAGACUUUACAUAAGUGUUAAUAAUUAUUUAGUUGCGUUUCUUAUUCUUGUGUGGAUGGACAAAUUGUAAUAGCUAGUCGAUUGAUACGUAAACAUCCGUCAUGUUUGAUUGUUAAUAAGACGCAAUUCUUUUUCCCUCUUACUCUGAUCCUCUUCUUUUUCCUCGAAUUUUUUUUCCUUCAUACUGCGUGUUUGAGAUUAAUUAGCGAAUAAAAUAAGGCUGGUUGUCGAUUAUAAAUGAAAAUGAACACAGGAGUUUUUCUGUAUUUAAUUGUUAGAUUUAUUACCGAUGUCUGUAGAUUUUACUAAGUAGUAUCAUUUGAAAGCGAUAAUUGAACGAUUCGUAUGAUAAUAUAUUUUUAAUGCGUGUUUAUCGAUUUAGAUCAAUCGCUGAUAUGUAUCAUUCUUUUAUGAGAAUCAUAUAUGAUAAAUAAUCAAUUCGUGAAAUUUAAAGACACGAUUUAUUAGAUAAAUCGAUACGUAUAUGUAUGCAUUAUUUUUUAGUUCCGUAUUUAUCGCUACCGACGUUAUUAUAACACGCUUCUAUUGUUUAUACCAUUUAUAAUGUCGCAUAUAAAUAUACUAUAUAUAGUGAAAGAGAGAGAGAAAGAGAGAGAGAGAGAGAGAGAGAAAGAGAAAAAGAUUACGUAUAAAUUUAUUUGCUAACGGACAAUAACGUGCAUUGCCUUUCUAUCGACUUCUAUUGACAAUUAUUUAUUCGUUGAAAUUAUAAAAUAUAUAUAAUAGGAGAGAGAGAUAUAUUUGAUAAGGUACGAGCUUUAUGUGAGUUUUAAUAAUUAGUUAAUUCAUUUGAGGAUUAAGGAUUUCGAAUGUUCGUCACAUUUAAUUACAUAAAUGUAUUUACAACGUUAAGUGUAUAAAUAAGUUUUUGUCGUUAGUAUUUCGUACUAUCAAUCAAAGAUCGUUUGUAUUUAGAUAUGUGAGCCAAAUAAGCUGAUUACAUAUAUAUUAUUAUAAUUAUUAUGUAUUAUGUAUUAUGCACUGUGCAUUCUAAAAACGUAUUUUGGUUACGAAAACAUCAAGUUUGGACGUAAUCAUUGAUUAGAAAUACGGUUCCUAACUUUGUGAACAACGUCGUACAAACAACGAUGGAUAGUAUCUUAAGAAUGUUUAUGACCGAUUUAAUAAUCCCUAUCACGUUAAAUCCUCUUGGAAAAAGAAUCUUUUUUUUUUUUCUAUUUUUCGAGUAAGUACAUGAAGAUUUUAUUUAUACUUAUUGUUAGUGUAUUUAAUAAAACGAAACGAAAAGGUCUGACUCGUUUACCUACA